AUGACCCCCAGCAAGAAAGGCGCCAGGAAGACGGUGCACACCUACCUGCUGCACCGCAUCACCUGCUGCGUGGCGGAGGCCGGGCACCCCAAAGUCUUCUCCUGGGUCUACAGGCACCAGAUCAAGAACAAGGCGGUGGUGUUGAGGUGCCACGCCGUGCUGGUGUCCAAGGCGGAGAAAGCCAAAGUCAUGGCGCAGACUCUUUGCCAGACCUCCCUGGCGGCCUUCAAGGAGUUCAAGAGUUUGAAGAGGCAGAGCGACUUCAGGAGGGAGCAACAGGAACUUUUGGGGGACUUGGUGGUGCCCAUGAUGCCCCUGAGGAAGGUCCUAAACGGCACCUGCUCUUAUAACCCCCCAUCGGAGAGAAGUAGGACUGUGCCUAGGCUCAGCUCCAUCCUGGAGGAAGAGGAGGAUGGCGAGGAAGAGUGGGCAGACCUGCGCAGGACGCCCGUCCACAUCAGGGACCGCUUCGUCACCCACCAGCAGAUCUCUGCUGUCCUUACCCCGUCUCCGGGACCGUCUCCGGGACCACCACCGCCUUCCAGUCCCGUCCAAUCCCCUGCAGGACUGUCCCAGGCUGGUCUGGAUUACAGGUGA